AUGGAUCAUUUUAUCCCUUAUAUGGUACGUGUUCAAAGCGAGGUGUUUUAUUAUUGAAUUUUAAUAUUUGUUUUGCAUCCUGUGAACAAUUUUGAAACGCCCCCUGCUCCCCUUACUUAACUAACCCAUGUGACGACCAGCUUUGGUCUCCCCUACCAACAACAACGUAAAUAUGUUUUUUUUGUCACCUUUUUUAGUUCGGCAGUUUCGUUAUUAACACACUUCGAAUGAUACCACAGCGACUUCAGUGCUAUGAUAUGCGCCAUUAAAACGACUAAACCAAUCGCGUUCAUUUCGGUUUUUCAAUAUAAUGCAGACGAAUUCAGUUAUUUUUCAUUAAUUGUACGAUUGUUGAACAAUGCUAAAAUGUAUUACCAGAUAGUCUUGAAGAAUUAUUAAUUUGACGCUAAAACUAUCAAUUUUCUUUUAUAAAAAUACAACGAAUAAUUGUCAUGGAGAUGAAAAAUAACCUAGCCAGAUUAUACAUAACUAUAAGUUAAAUAAAAAUAAAUUGAAUAUUUAUCAUAGCGAUGAAAAAGAAUCGAAUACAAAUAAUUGGUUAUAAAAAAAAAACUAUAUAUUAUAUCAAAUUAAAAACGAAUAUGGUUCAAAAUAGUUUUAAGCUACGGCUCAAUUUUUACUCGGAUCGAAAUUAAAAACAGAAACUGUACACUGUACAGGCAAGGUCCUUUCCGCAAGGAUAUACGCGAUGUAAUUGCAAAACCAAGUGCUCUACAAAAAAUGUGGUUGUAAAAAUGUUGAAAUUUUAUGUGACGAUCGCGGUAGUAUAAUAAUAAUUAAUAAUAUAAUAGUUUAAAAUAGUUACUUAUGAUAUUAUUCAUGAAUAAUAUAAUAUAGGUACCUACUUGGUAUGUGUCAACUAUUGCUUCAACAAUGUGAUAUGAUUAUUAUAUUGGGAGAUAGUACUCGUAAAAUGUUGAUAGGUAAUAGAUAAGUAAUAAUAAUACUUUUGUUAAUAAUAUAAUUAUAUUAUUAAAAUAUAUUUUAUUAUAGUCUAGAAUUCAUUUUUUUGAUCUGACACUUGGUUAUUAUAUUUUCUAUAGCAAAAGUCUUAAACCAGAAUAGGUAACCACAUAUAACCAUUAUGGUAACCAGUAGACUCUUCGCUCACAGCACGAUGUAGAGAAGGUUCUUUGUAUCGUAGUUCACAGUAUACCGUGGCAAGGAUGCCCCAUCUAUGUAUAUAUUAUAUAUGAUCUUAAAUCUUGCGUAGGGAAGGGUAAUACAUCUCCUUUCUAUUACCCUUCCCUACUCCUCUGAUCAAACUUUAAACUAUUGUAACAUACAAACGGAAAAUCCGAUAUUAGUGUAAAUCAAAAUUUUUAAAGGAGGGGGAGGUUCCUAUAUAACUUCAAAAGUAUAUAAGGUAUAUAUAUAAGUCUUAUAUUAGGUCUAUAUAUUAGUCUUAUAUAUUAUCUUAUAUAUCUUAAGGUCUUAUAUAAGGUAUAAUGAGUAAGGGUAAAAAUUAAAAAUGAUUUUAAAAUAAAUCUUAAACGAUUCCAUAAUGAUUAGAAAAAACAUGAAUCAAAUUCACUUAAAAUCCUCCGAGAUAAUUGCUGGUUCAUAAUAAAAUCUUUAGGGAUAUGUAAUUUUGGUGCUAACGAGGUUAUUUGUGAAAACAAUUUUCAGGAUGACCUAAUAAUAAGAUCAAAGAAUAUUUUUGUAUUAUUCAUAGAUUGGGAAAUGUUAUUUGCUCAGUAAAUAUAUUUGACAUACAGGUGUGGAUAGGUCCAUGUGGAAAAAGGUAUCCAUAAACCAAAGAAUUCAUGUUUAGUUGAAAACUUAAAAAUAAAAAUUAAUAAAAUAAUUAAAGGAAAAAAUUGGGAAUUUGAUUUUGAUGAAGUUGUUGAGCACAAUUAUACAAAGGCUGAAAUAUUGGAUUAGAUUGUCUAAUAUAUUAUUUAAAUGGUAUGUAACAAAAUAUUUUGAUACAUUUAUCAUUAAUUAUUAGGUAUUUGUAAAAUGUUAUUAAAUAUUAAAAAUCAAUUAACAACGUUUAUGAUAGGGUAUCUAUCUAAAUACAUAUUGAAAUACGUUGGUGAUUGCAAUACUUGUAAGUCAGCUUUUGUAACACCACAAGUUUAUUCUGAACAAAUGUGUUCUUCAUUAGUUAACAUGAAAACGAAAGAACGAUUGAUACACCCAAACAUUUUAUUUUUUAAUUUCAUCAAAUAUCUAUUCUUAAAAGCGCGCGUAAAUUGAACUGCCGCAAAUAACGGUCAGUAUACCGAUUGGCAUGAUAAUGAAUCAAUGGUUUUUUUGAUGACAAAAUAAUGAAACCAUAUUAACGAUAACAAUAUAGACAUGCACGCAUGUUUAUUUUGUACUUCAAUCUAAUCGUGAUUCGAUAAUUAAUCGUACAAUCCCUUCCACUAUCGUUUUUGUUUUAAUAAUAAUUGUUUUACUGAUUAAUGAUUGUCCUUAGCCCGCGAUAUUUGAAAACUAAAGUGGUUUUUUUUUUUUUUUUAAAUAAUGGCACGAUGUUAUUUUAUUGUUAAAACAUGAAAAAAAUUAAUAAAAUUUUAUUUUUAUUACAUACUUAUUUAUGUUUAAAUAAUUUAUUACUUUAUUUUCAAUUUUUUUUUGGUAAAAUUUAAAAAAAAAAUUCAAGAUUAAAAAGGUAUGUUUAAUUUCAAAUCAACCGCGCUUUUGAAAAUUUUGAACAUCACUGAAAUCAAAAUUUUUGGUCACCGGUAGCGAAUCAGUCGAAUCUUUAAUUUCGUAAAAUGCACUAUAGAUUAUGGCACCGCUCUCCUAGGAAAUCAUUUAGCUUAAGCGGAAUGCUGAUUAGGUAUAGUUUUCCGACCUUAUCUUCUAAGACCGAGCCACGAUCUCGGAUUUACUGAUAAUAUUGUUAUAUACACCGAUAAAAAAAUGUGUUUUCACAAAUAUUGAUAACAAAGUGAACGCUUCUGAUUGGUCGUGCAAGUUUGAGACGCUUGUCAAACAGUAUGACUGUAUAUUUGACCACAUAUGUGUUCAUUCAACAGUAUAUAAUUUGUUCAUGGUCCAAUGUGACUUUUUACGGCGUCGGCUGUUAUCACUAGUUAGCAAUCUAGUUUAUUAUCUAUAUUUAAGUAUUGUAAUUAAACGCGUAGAGUGUCGUAGAGAGCGCAAGUCGUGCAUAGUGUUAUUCUAUUGUCCUAGUAUAUAAUAUAUCUAAUGAUGUAAACAAUUAAUAGCGUCGAUAUUUAUGACAACGCACUUGUUGAUUGUGUAGUACUCUAGUGUAUUUCCUCGAAAUUAAAAAUUAAGUUCAAGUUAAUUUGAGUUUCAAAUCAAUUUUGUUAGUUAAGUUAUUUAUCUACUGUAUUUUAAAAUUUACAAAACAAGGCAAAAAAUGUCUAUAUUUACAGUAAGUAACAAUAUAAUAUUUUUAUUUUUACCCAUGUAUCGUGUAUUACAUUACUUAAGAGCGUACCUAUUAUUUUGAGUUUAUGGAUGUAAACUAAUUUGUUUUCCUUUUUCAAAUCAAAAUUCUUUCAUUAUGGGUCUUAUUAUAUAUUUAACUCUUGAUUUACUGUACACAUAAUUUAAAUUUUCUAAAUACUAUUCAUUAACAUCUAUUUUCAGAAGGUAAAUCACCGAUGAAUAUUGUGUUCACUCGAUUCCAAAAAACUGCGAUAUCCUAUAAGAUUAACAACAAUUUUUUAUUAGAUUAUCAAAUAUUUUCGUGAUGUCCAAGCGUAAUUGUACAUAGAUUUCUGUUAAUGAUUUACCCUUAGAAUAUCUAUUAUAAUGUAUGCCUAUUUUUUUUUUUAUAAUUUAAACGUUAAAAACAAUUUUAUUCUAUAAUUUUUGUUAUUAAUGUCUUGCCUAUAUAGUAUAAUUAAUAAACUAACCGCAUACAUUCAAUACAUCUAGACAGCAAAAAAAUAUUAUGACUAUGGUAAUAAAAUAAGUUUAAACAAUUAAUAUUAUAGUUAAGACAAUGUUUCUUAAAUGUUCUUAACUCGUUAAAAAUUUUUUUUGUUAGGUAGGUACGUAAAUAAAUUAAUAUAUAAAGCAUCUAUGACUAUGACUUUUAACUUAAUAGGUAUGAAUCCAUUAUUCAAUUUAUUAUUUUACCUACUUAUCAUAUUUGUUUAACUUAUUAUAAGUCACUAUAUUAUUAAAUAAGAACUUUGAAAAAAUAUUACUAUUAUCAGAUACCUGCAUAUUAUAUUUAUUUAACUUCUAUAUGUGAACUGUGCAAUUCUUUAUUUGAUUAUUAUACAUAUAGUAUUUUCAAAAUUAAAGUCUAUGUACCUACUGCAAAAUAUUUUUGAAAUAUAUUACAGACAUAAAAUCGUUUAAUAGAUUUAAAAUUUUAGUUUACCUAUCCAGUUUAAUAAAAUACAGUAACUUAAUUCACAGUCAUUAAUACACAUAUUAGUGUGCUGGUUUAUAUGUAUAUUAAAUAUUAGGAUUAAAUUAAUUUGUGUAUUCAUACAAAAUAUUAUGCUUAGGUAAUUAAUAAUAUACCUAGUUAUAUAUUUUGGGACUGCUUAAUUUACUGAUCUGAGUCCACAGACUACUUUACUCUGUAUUUAUAUAACUUAUUAGUUUCAUGUGUCUAAGUUAAAAAUUGCACUUGUUAAAACCAAUUCAUUAUUUUGUUGAAAUGUGGCAGCAGUUGAGCAAAUCUGCUUAUUUGCUCUCAAAUCCUUAAAACUACCAGAAAUCAUGAAGUUUUGUGUACAUGAUGAAUUCUACUGUAUUUAAAUAACCUGUUAGUUUUGAGUACUAGUGCAAUAAUACCUACUAUUGAGCUAAAGUGGUUUGUGGCAAAAGUUCAGUAGUAUAGCAAACUAGGCCAAUCCAUAUAUUUUGGUAUUCAAUUUCUGCCAAAACAAUCCAGUUAUUCAUUUGUGCACUUAAUAUCAGAGUUAAAUCAAUUUGAUAAAUUAUGGUAAAUAACAUAAUUAUUUUAAAAUUUCACUGAAUUUUCAAUCAAGUUAAUCAAAUUAACUUCAAAUCAUUAUUUUCUAAAAUAAUUUAAAUUGUGAAAUAUAAUAACAAUUUGUUGAGUAAGUAUUAGAUAACCAUCAAAAAAGUUGUAUGUUUUUUGAUUUUAAAAUAUUUCUGUAAUUAAAAAUUUUAAAAAACCUAAGAAUAUAAAUUUAUUUAUUUUGAUUGUUACCUAAUACUUCAAAAAAUGUUAUUGUAUUUUACACAAGGAACUGUGUUUGGUAACAGUUCAUUAUAGGUGUAAACAAAAUAGAAUGUACAUAUAAAUUUAAAGGAUAGUAUAAAAUGAAAAAGUAUAUUGCAUUAAAUAUUGUUUAAAAAUAGGUACCCAUAUCUUAUAAAAAAGACUGGCAUACUUCCCACAUAUGUACAGCUACUAUGUAUGUGGGAAGUUGGGAAGGUAGAAUAUAGAAGAAAAUUGAAUCUGUAAGCAACGUUAAACGAUUGCAUACGGAAAACGAUCUGAGCGGAGUUGAAUUGAUAGUGAUACUUAAGUUUAGAAUAAAGAAAUAUAAUAUAAAUAUUUAGAGUUAAAAUAAUGUAUUAAAAUUAAAAUUUAUUACCUCGGUCUAUAGUAUUGCUUUUCAACAAUGUGCAUUUCCAUGACAACAAUGAUUGUUUAAACAAGUUUAAAAUAAUGAAAAAUUAAUUAUAACAAAAAGGUUGCCAAUUGUUUACCUUAUUCAAACUUAUUUUUAAACUUUCAAUCUUUUUCGGCCUAAAGAAUUGGGUUUUCCUAAUUAUCUCGAUUAUCUAUGAGAAUUUCAAAAAAUUACUUAUCCAAAUUACUGCCCAAUGAACAUUUCUAUUCAGAAAAGGUGCUAUACUUGAUAAUCGAAGUAAGCUCUUUGGUAGAAUGUGUUCACAUAAAAAAAAAUAAACAUCAUUCUAAAACUAAUACAUUCUUCGGUCCAAUCAGAAUCUAUAAAAAUAUGUAAAAAUAAUACAUAUUAGUUAAGUUUCGAUGAUGUGUAUGUUAUAGUUAAUGUUGUUCUAUUUAUUCUUUUUGUUUAGAAAUCUGAUUUUGUGCAGUUAGUUUUAACAUUAGAGUGUAUUAGCCUGUUAUCAAACUUAAAGGGAAGAACAUUGUUUGUUUUUGUGAAUUGGAUUUUGUUCAAUAUUUAAAUUUUUGAAUGAUUUACAAAUAUAUAAAACAUUAAAAUUUAUUAAUCAUUAAAUCUGGUUUAAAAAUUUGAAUAUAGAAAAAAAAACCUACACAAACACAGACAAUGUUUUAUUUUAAGUUGAUACUAUACCAAUACACUUAAAUAUUAUAACUAACAGCACAAAAUUUAUAAAAGUAUACCGAUUACCAAUAUUAACCGAUUUUACAACAUUAGCUGUAACAUGUGCAUACCAAAAGUCAACUGACGAUUGGUGGUAGAAUCAAGAAUAUUGUUUUGAAGUGUUUCCAUAAGGAGCAGUUUUACUAUGAAUUCUAUUUAGUUUUCAAUUGUGUAUUUAUGCAUUUAGAAAUUAAAUUAGAUUAAUUUAUUACUUCUAGAAAUUUGUUGGUACAAACCGAUGUAAAUUUCCCCUUGAAUAUCAAACCGGUGUGAAUUUGAGAAAUUUUCUGGAGUAACCGGUGUUAAAAUUAACAACACUGGUUUAACUUUUCUGCACCGUCAUGUGCAUAUGGUACAAACUAUUAACUCAAAAUAAUAAAUGAACAGAUAAAUAAAUAUAAAAUAUUUUAAGUGAUAACAAUUAAUAUUCAAAUUAAUUUUAAUGCCUGUGAUAUUGACAAUUCAAUAAAAUUACUUAACAAAAUGAAUACUAUACAUCUUAUACUUAUAAAUUAUACUAAUAUUAAUAAGCGAAAAAUGAGAAAUAUAGGUAAUAAUUUAAACAAUUUAUUAAUAUUUAAUUGAUAUUGUCAUUGCUAAUUUUGAAUAAUGAUGGGGAUACAUUGAUUUCCAUUGUUCAAUAUCUAUGGCUAGUGUAAAAUAAUCGGUAUUAAGUGUUAGUAAACUGGUACAAAAUAUAUCAGUAUACCAGUUUGUACCAAUAAAAUUCUAGCUUGUCCAACAUCCCACUUGUACCAGGAGUAGCCUAUGCAUUAUUUUUUCUAUUAAUAAUUUUUAAAUAUUUUUAUAAUUUCAGCCUAAUAACUAUGAGGCAGAGGGACAGCUUUUCAUUAAUGACGAAAUUAUUAACAACUAUAUGUCAUUAAUACAAACAAGAUCACCAGAUACUGUAUACACAUUUAAUACAUUUUUUUAUCUGACCUUUUCUACCCAGGGCUAUAAACGUGUUGAUCGAUGGACUAAAAAGAUUGAUAUAUUUGCUAAGAAAAAGUUAUUCAUUCCUAUACAUAUUAGAGAAGAUAAUCAUUGGGUUUUAGUUUAUGUUGAUUUUGAAAACAAAACUAUAAACUAUUAUGAUAGUAUUGGGAAUAGUGGUUAUGAUUUUAUGAAAGUAAUAGUGUCAUAUCUAAGGUUAGAAGGAGUACAUAAAAAAAAUAUGCACUUUUGUUUUGAUAAAUGGAGAUUAAGAAAUGUCAAGGAUUGCCCUCAACAACAAAAUCAUUGGGAUUGUGGUGUAUUUCUUUGUGCUUUUGCAGAACAUUUGAGUAGGAAUGCACCUUUAAAUUUUUCUCAAGAUGAUAUGAUAAACAUAAGGCGCCAAAUUCUUUUAGAUAUAAAAAAGAAGAAAUUAAAAAAAUCAAUGCCUAAAUCUUAA